CGCGAGACUUCCAAGAGUGCCGCGGUUGGUCCGUGGCCGUUUUGGCUCAAGAUUUAUUACUUGCUGCCAGCUCCUUCUGCGAAGGCGACCAACCCUGCCAUCAAUGACCUCGGCCAUGGAGCUCGCGGAGGUCGGCGGCGAGGCGAGCGGGUCGGAGCAGUUCCUGGUCCAGGACGCUCGCGCCCAGCGCUCGCCUUGGCGAGCGGCGGGCGGCGCCGCCGCGGGGCUCCUGCUCCUGGCCGGCGCAGGCGGGGGGGCGGCGCACUUUGCGCUGCGCGGGGCGGCCUCGAGCGUGGGCCCCCGCGAGAGCAAGCAGCAGACGAUCGCCUUUCCCGCGCGCGACCAGUGCUCCAACUGGGACGAGGAUUGCUACAGCAAGGGGUGCUGCAACGUUGCGGGCCUGACGUGCUUCGAGACCAAGCCAGGGAAGGGCGAAUGCCUGAAGAAUUGCACGCCCAGCGAUUCCAAGCUCUGCAAUCAGCCGCAAGCGAUCAUGGAGCCGGUCUUGGCGGAUGCUGUCCUGUACGACCCGACGCUGUAUUGUUUCGCAAUCGUUAUGCAGGACAUCGGCAGCACGAAGAAGUACUACGACCUGGAGCUUCUCCAGGGAGCGUAUGCGAAGGGGACCACCAUCUUUGGUUGUGAUUCUUGGGGGGUGUUCAGCGACGCAGACGCCGAGCUUGCGCCUGGCGUUCCUGUCACGAAGGUGGAUGACGUCGACGGGGACUUCCACUUCGCGAAGCGGGAAGAGACAGGCACCUGGCUGAACACAGGCCUGCACUACCAGGCUUGGAAGGCCAUUCAGGCGGAGGGCAAGUACGCCGCUGCCAACUGGGUCGUGAAACUCGAUGCGGACGCGGUGAUGAUCCCGAGCCGCUUGAAGUAUUGGCUGUCGGACAAGUACGUCCCGCCCGCUGGUAUCUACCUGGAGAACUGCCAGUACGUCAAGUAUGGUUGGUUCGGCAGCCUGGAGAUCUUCUCGAAGGCCGCGUUCGAGACACUCCUGGGGUCGAUGGCCUCGUGCAAGAACGGUGGGAUCGACUGGAAGGUGGGCGUAGAUGGCGGCAAGUACGGGCCCAUGGGCGAGGAUUUGUUUGCGCAGACCUGCCUGGACGCGAACGGCGUCAAGCGCGGGAUCGGAUACGGCUCCAAGCUGGACGGGACGUGCGAGGCGGACAGGCCCCUCUCGGAAAAGAAGAACAAGAAGUGGAAGCCCAAUUGCGACACCGUCGCCACCACAACAUACCACCCGUUCAUGAAGCCAGAGGAUUAUUGGGCGUGCUACGAGGCCACCAUGAAGGCGUUCCCGGUGUACCCGCCGCCUCCUGCCCCCUGAUCUCGACGGCGCCCCUCUGGCGUUUCGUGGCCCUCCGCCCCUCGCGACGGCCGCCUUGCCUGCCCGCCGUUGCCUGCCUCCCCAUUGGGACGGUGCGGUGUGGCGAAUUCGUCAGCGGACUGUCGGGCGAUCUCGCUCACUCCUACCCGCGACGUGAAGACGUCGAGAGGUCGAGCCGGGCGCGUGUGCGCCCGUGCGAGAGUGAAAGGAGGCCUUGCCCGACGCCCUCCUGUCCCCGCAGCCGCGCCCAAAUGAGCACGGCGGCGCGCCCAUUUUGCCAGGACGUCACGAGGUCGAGAGGUCGAGCCGAGUUUCCGGGCUCCUGUGCGAGAGGCGCAGUGGCUUGAAGCAGUGGCUGGAGCUCUACGU